GAGUAUAUUUUAAUUCAUAUAAUUAAAUUUUAAGUAUUAAAUUAAUUUUAAAUCUGAAUUAUCUUAUAUUGACACAAAAAUCAUGUAUAAAGUGCGGAGAAGAACUUCUAAAAAGAAGAAGGAGAGUGUUAAAACAGUUGACGGAAAUGGUGGGAAAAUUAGAAAAACCGAGGGAAAUAUUGUCCCUAAAAGAAUCACGAUCCCUCCAGAUUUUUUUAAAGAUGAACCAGCUUUAAUUUCCUCUGCUAGACGUUUAAAAACAGAUUUCCCGAUAGAUAAUCUUCAUGGUCUCUUUGAUAAGUGUGUAAACAUCAGAAGAUCCAAAAGAGUGUACAAUAAAAAUCACAGGCAAAAUAUAGAAAGUGAUUAUAGUCCAAUAGGUGAAAGUAGCCAGAAUGGUUUAAAAAAACCGGACAAUCCAAAGUCACUCAGGAAUGAAAGAAACCUAAUUUUUAAUAACUUAACAAGUUACCAGGAGAAGGAUUUAAAAGAAUUUGAAACUUCCAAAAGUGAUAAAAAACACGAACGUAGCAAGCAAAAGCAAUCAACAAAAAAAUCGAAAAGUAUAUUCGAACAAAUAAAUCAAUUAUACGCAAGAUCUAGUCAAGAUUGUAAUUUUGGUAAUACUUCCAGAGGAGAGUCUUCCAACCAAAACUUUUGUGAUAGACUAGCGAAGCAAAUAGGUCAUAAUAUUGACUUGGACCAUCAGACAAUAGUUGCUUGUCAAUCAAGAAUAUUGUCGGAAAUUAAAAAAGUUAACGACACACUUUCAGGUAAAACAAAGAUGAACCAAACUCCUGCUGAGUCAAAAUGUACAUACUUUUAUCCGCAAGACAAUGCCUGUGAUAUAAAUUUUUCUCUCUAUAACAAAUCAGAAUGGGUAUUUGAAACGCCCCCUAGACAAAGGAUUCCUAAUAUGGUACUUGAAGAGUCUGAAUUACAACCUGCAGUUUUAUGCACUACCAAAAAGGAAAAACAGCUGUUUGAAUGGAAGAAGAAAUUGCAAAUAAAACCUACGGAUUUUAAGGACAAGGAAAAUAUUCCGAUCAGCAACUAUAUGGACAAUGUAGCUACUACUUUCAAUUUCAAUGGAAAUAUGCGGUCACCCAAAUCACCUACCUUCAGUCAAGCCUUUGCCAGCGCUUAUAAUUGUGAUGCAAACCAACCAACUAGAGAUACGGACAAUUUUCUUAAACCGGCGACAGUGGAUAGGGGCCAUCCAUUAAUGACUGUCUUAACUAGACCUCAGAAAAGCACCAUCAAGAAAGCAAUAACGUUUACUCGAGUUAAGAGAAAAUUCGAUACAGCAAUGGAAACUACCAUCGAUUUAAAUUCUCCAGAAAAUAAAAAUAAGCGCACAAAUGGAAAUCUGUUUGGAAUAGAAGAAAACGAAGAUUUUAAAUUUCACCCAAUGGAGACUGUUGUCAACGAAUAUCAAAAUUUGCCUCUCUCAUCAGCUUCUAGCCUAAAUAAUUUGUUGCAGAAGAAUUUCGACUUUUUACCAAAAAAUAGUUCGUUUACAAUGGAUAUUGAUAUGGACGAAAACGAAAAUAGUUUUACUUUUGACAGUUUACAAGUAAAAACAUCUGAUUUUCAUUUUUAGAUAUAGUUUUAUCAUUCCUUUUUUAGUCAUACUUAUAAUGACGUUUUUACAUUGAUGUAAAAUGUUUGUGUAUUAAAUACACAAUAUAGUUGGUC